AUGUCUCCCCCAACCCAAGCUCUAACCGGCAUCCACGUCGCCAUAAUCACCCCCUUCACCCCAGGCAAUAAAUCCAUCGACACAGCCUCACUAAGCCACCACAUCAACCGCUUCAUGUCCGCAGGCGUCCACGGCCUCGUCCCAGGUGGCAGUACCGGAGAAUUCACAGUCCUCUCCAUCGCAGAGCGGAAGCAACUCAUCGAACAAUGCGUCAAGUCAGCAGCCGGCCGCGUCCCCGUCGUCGCAGGGAUCGGCGACUUGUCGACCGAGUCGACGGUGGAUCUUGCAAAGCAUGCCGCGCAAGCGGGGGCUGCGGCAGCGAUGGUGGUCCCGCCGUCUUAUGAUGCGUUGGAUUAUGAGCAGUUGCAGGAGUUUUUGGGGGAGGUGCAUAGAGAGUCGGGAUUGCCGAUUAUGUAUUACAACAUUCCGUCUGCUAGUGGGAUUGCGGGGCUGUCGAAGGCGAGAGUAAAGUAUAUGAAAGACACAUCCGGCAAUGCUCCAGAUUUGACGGAUGUGCUCUUUACCAAGCAUGAGUCGAUCACGACGUUUAACGGCUGGGAUACCCUGACGUUCUACGGUCUGGCGGCUGGGGCAAAAGGGUCAGUAUGGGGAGCGACGAACAUUAUCCCGGAGUUGAGCGUGGCGUUGUGGAAUGCUGUUGCGGUUGAGGGGGAUUUGAAAAAGGGACGGGAGAUUUGGACCAAGGUAUUUCCGGUUUGUAGGACGCCCGAGGAGGGUAAUUACGCGGGUGCGAUUAAGACGGGGAUGGAGUUGAGGGGAUGGAAGACCGGUGGGUUGAGGAAGCCGUUUGAUUUGUUGAAGGGAGAGCAGAGGAGGAAGUUGGCGGGUGUGUUGAGGGACGCUGGUGUUGAGGUUAGCGAGUAG